UAAUCAGGUCCUAUGUAGCUUGGGCUAAAUGUCUGUUUUUUUUUCAGGAGGGAAACGAGUUAGAUUAAAUUUUUUGGGGGGCCACCCGAGUGUUCUUAAAAAAAUAUAGCUAGUGAUUUUUAUCACACUGAAGGGAGUCGUCACAAGUCAUGUCUGGUAUAGCCUUAAGUCGUCUUGCACAAGAAAGAAAGGCCUGGCGAAAAGACCAUCCUUUUGGGUUUGUUGCUGUGCCAACAAAAAACCCAGAUGGAACAAUGAACUUGAUGAAUUGGGAGUGUGCCAUCCCUGGAAAGAAGGGGACACCAUGGGAGGGGGGCUUGUUUAAACUGCGAAUGCUCUUCAAGGAUGACUAUCCUUCUUCACCUCCAAAGUGCAAAUUUGAGCCCCCUUUGUUCCAUCCAAAUGUAUAUCCCUCUGGUACAGUCUGUCUAUCGAUUUUAGAGGAGGACAAAGACUGGAGGCCGGCCAUCACUAUCAAACAAAUAUUGUUAGGAAUCCAAGAGCUCCUAAAUGAACCAAAUAUCCAGGAUCCUGCACAAGCUGAGGCGUAUACAAUUUACUGCCAAAACAGAGUGGAAUAUGAAAAAAGGGUUCGAGCACAAGCCAAAAAGUUUUCUCCAUAAAGGUUCAAGACUACACAAGAUUUAAGAUAUUGGUUUGCUGAGAAUUUUUCUCUGCCCCCUUUUUGUCUGUCUCCAAAACUAUGUCCAUUGCACACCUAUUUUGUGCUGGACUGUUUUAAAACUGAAUAUUUUGUGCCAUUUCUCUGUCCAUCACCCACCAUUCUGAUGCACCCCUUUUUCUUUUUGAUUUGGAGGUCCUGGAUUUGAAGGUGGACUAUGCCGCCACCACAAAGGAUUUUCCGUACUCCAACUGUGGUAUUUUAUCUUUUUUUUUUUUUUUGCCAGAGCUCACGCUAGUCAGGAAAGACUGUACGAAAUGGGAGAGUCACUUCUAUUCAUCUUUAUUAAUGUAUUCAAUGUUAGAAUUACUUUGCUUAUGUUCUGAUAAAGGACGAAAACAGCCUCAAUGAAUCCCAUCAAUGGUAGUUUAGUGUAUCUGCAUCAGACUGUUAAGUUGUUUUGUUCCAAAUAUUUAGAUUAAAUAAAAAUGUUUGUACAAAGCCAGUGUUAAAACAUA